UCACAUGGAAAUACUCAAGUAAAGUACAAGUACUUCAGAACUGUACUUCAGUACUUGAGUAAAUAAAGUGAAAUUCUUUAUAAAUAUACUCGUGAGGCUCCACCGCGGCGUCGGCAGCUCGUCUACUUCCACCUACAUCCAGGGUUCGUCUGAAGGUAUGUGACCCUUUCCUGUUUCAACGUGACAACGCCUCCGUGCACAAAGCAGCUCCAUAAAGAAAUGUUUUCCCAGUUUAAUGAGGAGGAAGUAGACUGGUCUGCAGCCAGGUUCUGACCAGCGUGUGAGGAGUCAGUGGAGGCUGUUAGAGCAGCAGAAUCACAGUUGAGGGAGAGGAGAGAGAGAAAAACGCACAUUAUAAUUCCUUAGAUCAGCACAUUUUUAGCUUUUUUGUUUUAAAAAACCUACAAAAACAGUUAUUUAAUAAUCAAACUAUUGCAGCGUUGCAGCUCUAGUUCAGGUGUCUACAUAGUUUAUUUGUUAGGCUAGAACCUCCUUUAAACCUUUAAAUAACCAAAACGUGACACAGCUGAGGUUACCCUCCACAAGAUCCCUGAACUAUAUUUGUGUUAUGCUUUUGUUUUCCUGCUCUCACUAUCAGUGAUUGUGAUACUGAACAGACAGUUUGCAUGUCUCUCGCCCGUCAGAGGUCUGAUUGGGCAACUUGAAAACAUAUUUAUGAUUGCAGGCUAUAACCAAACCCUAAAGUAUCAUCUGACUUCACUUGUUCUCCAUCUUUCAUCUUCAUCACAGUAGAAUCUGAAGAGGUUCAGUCACAGCAGGUUAAGAUCUCUCUGCACUCAGAGAACAUCAUGUUGUUGGAAGGAUUCCUGAUACGUGACUGAUAACAGUCGAGUAUCUCGCCGUGUUCCUGCGUCUGUCAGAGCUUCAGAGUAGAAAGAGGCGAGGAGGAGAUAAAAGGAGGAGGAGGAGGAGGAGGAGGAGGGAGCAGAGAGGACAGGACGGUGUCUCAGCGGAGCUCAGAGUUCAGCAGAAGAAGAAGAAGAGGAAGACUGCGUGACCCUUCGUCAGCGGACAUGACUGUUGACCGUCACUGUUUGUUCUGCUGUCAGAUAUCUGAUGUGUUUCACUAUGAAUGUUUCCUCGCUGCUGCCCGGCGUCCUGCUGCUGCUGCUGCUGCUGCUUUCAGCUGCGUGUGAUUGGCCGGUGGGAGCAAAGAAAGUAGAUCCGGCGGUUUCAGCCGAGGACCAGGGAACUCACCUCCGAGGCCUCUGGAAGCUGCACAUGAGGGACUCGCUGCUGAAAGGAAAAGGUUCCAGUGAUCGUCUAAUCAGAGAAGGCCUCAAACAGCAGCUGCUCUACUGUCGCGUCUCGAUUGGCUUCCAUCUACAGAUUCUGCCCGGCGGCGCCGUCGGAGGCGUCCACAAACCCACCGAGUACUGUCGGCUGAAGGUUUUCGCUAUGAAACACGGAGUCGUAGGAAUCAGAGGAGUCAAGAGUGGCUUGUACCUCUGUAUGAGCGCAGAAGGACUGGCGUCUGGAGCGGAGAAGUUUACUGACGACUGCCUGUUUAAAGAGAACCUGGAGGAGAAUCACUACACCACCUACUCCUCUCUGACUCACCCGGGACUCUAUCUGGCUCUGUCCCACAAAGGAGAGGUCAGGAAGGGCAACAGCGUGGGCCGCCACCAGUCCUGCACCCACUUCCUGCCCCGGAGGACACCGUGAUCAGGAUCCUGCCUCAGGAUUUACAGCUUCUGCAGACCUGUAUCCUAAUGAGGAAGUGAAGUCUCUCCUGCUGCAUCUGAAAUUAGAGCAGAGCAGAGAUCAGCGUCUGGGCCUGAGAACAUGGAGAACAAACUACUGAAUAUAAAACCACAUUACAGUAUUAUUACAAGUUCAUGGCUCUGCUGUGGAACAGAUGCAAUAAUCAUCCUUAUUACAUUUUUUCUACUUUGCUGAUGAGCUGACGUCGGCUCAUCACGCAUAAACAGUCGUCUGUCCCGUAGCCUUGGUUGCUAAGGUGGUUGCUAAGGUGGUUGCUAAGGUGUUUCCAUGUGUUGUUCACGUCGUCCGCUCUCAUAUUUCAGAUCUAAUUUCAGGUUGACAUUUCCUGUAAAGAAGGAGAAAAAGAAGUGAAAUCCUGCUACUAUAGUUUGUUUACGUAGCCUCCGGAGCCG